GACAAUGGAGCAGAAGUGGAUCGAAAAAUGUGAAAAUACGAUACAAAACACAUAAUUUGCAACCCUGUAGCACGGUAUAUUACGCACAUCAGUAAACCUACGCAAAGCUAUGGAUACGGUCCGCAAGAGUGCGACCAGCACGGCCACUGCCGCUCGUGAUAAUAGAGUGGCUCAUAUCGAUUUCAAGAAGAUUUGUCGCAUCUGUGGAAAAUCGGAUGAAACGCUUACCUCGGUGCAUUCGCGAUACCAGAACGACCUGCGGGGCAAGAUCGCGAAGUAUCUCAGUGUUGAUAUCAAAGAAAAUGGCACGUUGCCAACGAAGAUUUGCUUCUGCUGCAAAGAUAUCAUCACCAAGUGGCACGAUCUGUAUGAGAAGUGUCGUGUGAUGGAGGAACGGUUUGAUUCUAUACUGAAAUCUUGCGAAGAGCAACUGCCAACGGAAUUGCUUGCGAACGGUACGCGGGAAGAACCGAACGAAAAGAAUGGCUGUCACUCAUCUUCUAAGGAAGACGUUGAACGUGGGGAACGAUUGAACAGUGGUGGAACGAUUGAACAUAAUGCAGCGCCACAAGAAUCUGCCACAACAACUGUUCCUGAUCAGGAAUCUAAGAAAAGUCAAAAGUCUUCAGCCAAAAGCAGGACGGUUACGUGCACGUUUUGCCGUACGGAGGGAACCACUAAUGGUAUCGUACGAUUUGAUUCUCAAACGGCGCUAGUGGAUCACAUGAAAGAUCAACAUUGGGAGCAGAUCUUUCACUGCGAGCAGUGCGACAACUAUCUCGAUCGUGCGAUUCUAAUCGAGCACAUGACAAUGCACGCACUAAGCUUACUGGCACCGGCAUCCGUUGCUGACGGAACGGAGCAGGAACCGGAAAGUAUGGCUUCCGGUUCAGGUAUGGGCGAAGAUGAGCCCGAAGGUGAAAUGGAAGAGGCUGAAGGUAGUCAGCAAACGACGGAACUGAAAUCCGGCGAAGGUAGCACGAACAAGGAAAAUGACGAGAAGGAUCUGGCGGCCGCAGCUCCAGAAACGGUGAAAACCGUCGAGGGACGCAAACUGUACUGUUACAUCUGCGAGAAAACGCUCGGCAAUCGAAGCGCCUACUCCUACCACGUGAACCAGGUGCAUUUGAACAUCAAAAAGUUCGAUUGCACCUUCUGCGAGAAAAAGUUUGGCAAUCGGCGCUUGCUGAACAAUCACAUCGCGAAUCUCCACUCGCGCGAACGAAACUUCGGCUGUACCGUGUGUGACAAGCGCUUCAAAACGAACGUCGCCCUGUACAACCAUAUGCGGGUGCAUGACGAUAAGCUACAGUUUAGCUGCCGGUUUUGUGACAAAAAGUUCCGAUUCCGGAAUCAUCUCGUCAGUCACGAGUUAGUCCAUCUGGAUGAGCGCAACUAUUCCUGCAGCCAGUGCGACAAGAAGUUCAACACGAACGAGUGUCUGCAGAAGCAUAAGCUGACGCACGUUACGACGGAACCGUACCAAUGUCCGCUGUGUGGAUUCAGCACGAAACAGAAGCGUUAUCUGGUGCUGCAUGCAAAGCGCAUCCACAUGGUGCGGUAAAGUGAUACGGGGCGCAAAGACGAUACUCAGACCCCGUUCGCACGUAAUACUCUUUAUUCCAAUCGGUAAGUAAUAAGCAAAUUAUUUACGUUUAGGCCAAAUUGACAGGCAAACAGACAAAACGAAGGCUCUACUAAGCACGGUGGCACGGGUAUAAGAAACCUUGCACUGUGGUCAAAAUAGACAGAUAAGUAGGAACAAGUAGAUGUCAGAUGAUCGGAACUCGGCAUGCUCCGAUUGAUCAUCGAAAGCGAUAAACACAUUCUCUAAGCUACCGGUGUACCUGAAAACAAAGAAAGAAGGGAAAAAUAACACACAACAUUAGUACGUAGUAUUUGAAAUUGUCGUCAUUUUAGUGCAAAAGCGAAAUUAAGACACGAUUGAUGAUCGUGUGUGCACAUAAAUCAUGCGUCAUCAACAAUAAGACAGCAACAACAACAAAAAACUAAACUAAACCAACACAUGUCGUAGUCAAAAAAAAAGCUAAACAAAAUCUACUUCAACUCGAAACAAAUUAUCUAGCGUAUACAUACAUCAUGGUAAUAUGUGUAUAUUUAGUAUGUCGUGUUGCCAGCCGUUUCGUAGAGAACCUGUAAGAAGCAGCUGCUGCAGGCUCUUUUUAUACAAUUGCCAUUAUUUAACGUUCAAGCGGCCUUGUUUCAUUUUUGUACCGUGUUAAGGUGUUUUAGUUUUACCUGCUUAGGUUAUGGUAUAGCUUAACGUUAAUGUAAUAGCCAGCAACACAACAGCCCCGAUUCGCGAACUGGUAGAAAAUGUGCCACACAUUGAACCUUGUUUCAUUGUUUGUUUUUAAUGUACUGUACUUGUUUCUUUCGUACUGAAAGUCAAUCGUAUCGCCAGUAUUUAUUCCACGCCCAACAUCGAGCGAAUGUUUUUAUUGCUUAGCGUUUAGUGCGGUUUUUGUGGCAGUAUUUAUGAACUUAUUUAUUUAUUUGUGUCAACCUAUGCGUAGUGAAUCGUUACUGUUAAUCUGUAAGAAUGCGUAUUUAUUAAUCGGAGCCAAUAAAUUAAGUAGAACGUGCUAAGUUAUU